GAGAGAGAGAGGGGUGGGGAAUCGGGGAGAGCGAUGUGUGCUCAGACUGAGGCGCUGAAUCAGAGAGAGGAAGAAAGCUGGAGGAGGCUCAUUGUCAUUUCCCCCGGCAUACAGUUAUUCUCUACGGAAAGGACUUGUCUUUUUGUUUUUUGACUCUCAUACUGGAUUUUAUGGACCUUGAACUAUUGAGACAUCUGAAAAAUACUUCACUUAUUGACAGGAUCCAAACUUUUAUUACAGGGCAUCAAACAGAUUAAUAACUAACUCAACUAAAGUUGUAAUACAGUCAUCAGCUGUGUGGGAAUAUCAGUUCUUCUUUGACAUGGGGUCCACGAAGGAGCUACUUUUUCUUGGCUGGUUGUGUAUGCUGGGGAAAUGUCUCUCCGACUGUGGACCUGGAUUCGAUGACCAAUGUGAAGAUAUUAAUGAGUGCCUGGAUAAACCAUGUGGGAAAUACUCAAACUGCUCCAACACAAAUGGCAGCUACUACUGUCAGUGUAUAGACGGCUUCAGGAACAGGUUGGGGAAGGUUAACUUCACGCUAGAUGGACAGUGUAUAGACAUCCACGAGUGCUUUGAUUUUGACAAUAUCUGCGGACCGAAUGCUAAUUGUACAAACCUGAUUGGGGCUUACAAUUGCACCUGCCACUUUGGGUACACUAACAGCAGCAGCCAUGGAAACUGCACAGACAUAAAUGAAUGCAGUGAAGCUGAAGAUAAGAAAUGGGACCUCUGUGGAGAAAAGGGGACUUGUAAAAACACUAAUGGAAGUUACUGGUGCAAGUGUUCAAAAGGAUACACCAAUUAUGGCAACGAAAGGACCCCAUGCUCAAAGCUCGACUGUGACAGUUACAAUGGAGACGGCGAGUCUGCACCGUCGCUCGGAGGCCUGGCAGACAUUUUGUUCAUGAUGAGAAACAGCUGUUUGGCUCUUUCUAACCCGAGUGCUGCUGGUGAAGGGAAAACUGAUGGAGAGGCGCUUCUGGAGAAACUUUUCACAGCUACAGAGACCAUCCUGUCCCCUGGUCACCUGGACAGCAGUGAAGAUGUGAGCGGAUUGCUCGAGACGGUGGAGAACGCUAUUAUGCUCAUUGGCCCACAGCUAAAACACAACCGCAACAAGAUAGAGACCACAGAGACAGACGCACAAAUUGCAGUGCAGAGGGGAGAGACUCAACCCGUGGGACCAGUCCAUCUGACCAGUGAGAACGCUACACUCGACACUGACUGGGCGACAGCCGCUGGGACAGGACCAUACCCUGGUUUUGCUUUGGCUGCGCUGUUGAGCUACAAGAACCUUGAGCAGUCUGUAAACCGGUCCUUUCAUGAGCUCACAGGACUUGACAAAGAUGGCGUCAAGCCUUCCUCCUUUAACAUCUCCUCCAAAGUUGUGUCUGUUGUGGUCUCCAAUCCCUCCACUCAGAACCUGAGCAAGGAAGUCACCAUCACCCUCAGACAUCUAAAGGUCGUAAAUGAGUCGUCUGAGGCGAGCUACGUCUGUGCAUACUGGAAUGAGAAAGGGGCCUGGUCCACAGAUGGUUGUCGUCAACAGAAAUCCAAUGACACACACACCGUGUGUACAUGUGGACAUCUGAGCAGCUUUGCUGUCCUCAUGGCGCUCUACCCCAUGAAGUACUCUUUUGGACUCCAGUUGCUGACCAAGAUGGGGCUGACCAUCUCCCUGCUGUGCCUCAUACUGUGCAUCCUGACAUUCAAGUUCUGCCGCUCUAUACAAGGGACCCGCACCACCAUCCACCUGCACCUCUGUAUCUGCCUCUUCGUGGCUGACCUCAUCUUUUUGGCUGGCAUUUCAAGAACUCAACCUGAGGGUGGCUGCAAAUUUGUAGCAGCGAUGCUCCAUUACUUCUUCUUGGGGGUGUUUACCUGGAUGCUGUUGGAAGGGGUGCAGCUGUACCGUAUGGUGGUCCUGGUGUUCAACGCCACCAUUCGGCCCCUUUACCUAUACGUGACUGGUUAUGGGACACCUCUCGUUGUCAUUAUUAUAUCUGCCAUCACUAGACCAAGCGGAUACGGCACUGAUCAGUACUGCUGGCUGUCCCUGGAUAACGGACUCAUCUGGAGUUUCUACGGCCCCGUGUGCUUCAUCAUCGUCCUCAACAUCUUCUUUUUCAUCGUCACCGUCUGGAAGCUCGCCCAGAAGUUCACCAGCCUCAACCCAGACCUCUCCAAUCUGCACAAAAUAAAAGCGUUCACAGUGACAGCCAUUGCCCAGAUGUGCAUAUUGGGUCUGAUGUGGGUGUUUGGGGCCUUCCUGUUUAACGAGGGCGCCAUAGUGGAAGCAUACAUCUUCACUAUCCUCAACAGCCUGCAGGGAGCGCUGGUCUUCAUCAUGCACUGCCUACUGUCUAAACAGGUGAGAGAGGAGUACGCCCAUUUCCUCGCCUGUGUCUGCACAACACAGAAGAAGAGAUACUCCGACCUCAGCAGUAUCAACCCCUCCUCCAGUAGUCAGUCACAAGUAAGCAUCAAGUGGCCUCACUCACGAUCACAAAAACAGGGUUCUCGGAGUGGGCAGCACACCGGAGAAUCCCAAAUAUGAAGCGCUCAAUCUUUUAUUCCACCCAAAGACAGACAAUCACACCUUUGACCUAUCAGGGCUGAGUUUGCCCUCAUUUAACAGGUUUGGAUGCUUCACAUUAAAAUCCAGCCAUUAUUUACUCAACAUGAUGCCCAGUGAAAUUCUGUUUUGGUGUUGUGGUACCAGUGUAACAAUUGUUUGAUGGGUCACAAGAUAAAUCUGAGGGUCGGCUAAUUCGCCCCAGUAGUUAAUUAAGUUAAUGGGACCAAAGUUUUUACAACUCAAAAACCAUAAACCUAAAUCCAAUAAUAUGAGCAGCGACAUCUGCCAGUCCUUUGCAUCAUAGGUCACAAAGUAAUACUAUAAAUGUGUAAUUACUGUCACAGCAGCAGAGAAAUAGCAGACUUCUAUGUUUAUUCAGGAACUCUUGAAGUGAAAGUGAAGAUAUCUUUUCGGUUCAUCCAAAACAUAUCACAAUCAUAAUAUAAGCUGUAAUGCCUUUGGAGGGAUUAAAAGUGAACAAACAUACUGUAGACUGACAUAGACUAUUUAUUUUUCAAGUGCAAACUAUAAAGUCUACAUUAUGUGGGCUGCAAGAAAAUAUGAGUGAUGCUCUUUAAAGCAUCAGCAAUCAGUUUGCGCUGUAUUUUAUAUAAAUGUUUUAUGUAAAAAAUAAGGGUGGGAGUGUUUCUUUGUUCAGGGGACCCUUCACAGAAAAUAUUUGUUUCCAUGUACUGUAUUUAAACAGUAUGUCGUAAAGACAAAGAAACAGCUGACUGAAGAUUUAAAAGUCCUAUAAAGUACCUCUGAUGUUCACUUUGUGUUCCUGCAAAUCCAGUGCAGAAUUUCAUGUCUGUUGUUUCUUGAAUUUAAACAAAAUAAGUGUUUGUUUUUUUAAAUCACUUGUGGCUAUUUUAAAAGAUGUAUUUGCCAUAGAGCUGUGCCUUGUAUCACCAGUGUAUGUGAAGAUAUAUUUUUUCUUUUUGAAAUUGCAAAUAAGAAAACAGAUCCAGCCCAAAAUAGCUGCUUGACCCACCCUUCUGAUAAGCUUGCAGCUUCCUGCAAUCAAAUUGUGUUUGUGGAAUAAAAUUCCAUUUAGUUAUUAUGUUUUCUUAUUUGAGCAGUCAGCCUGCCUCCACACAUUGUUAGUAACUGUAGGGUAUGUUUUGAAAUGGGAGCUGUACAGACUUGAGUUCGUUUAUGUUACUGCACUUUUCCGUUGUAAAAAUGAUAAUCCAGCACAUCUUCGCUCACAUGGUGCAUGUGCUAAUCAAGAAGACUUGAGAACCAGCCUCACUUAUAGAACCUGAAGCGUUUAUUUGUUGUAAUAAACCUACCAAUUAUAUAUUUUUAUUUGAUUGAUCUGCGGAUUAAAAAGAGAGAGACCUUUUGGAACCCAAAUCAGUCUUUACACAUGAUUUGUUUGGUCCUGUACCUUUUGUUUUUAUUUACAUUGCGUCUAAUCUAUGAGCCAGAUUAAGACUAAGUAUGUGUUGGUUUUAACAACUAAACUGUUUUUAAGGUUCUUCUGUGUUUGCUUGAUGGUUGUGACCAUCAAUACCAUUUAUAAUGCAUUGCAAAAUGUAUUUUUAUGUGAAAAAGCUACAUGCAUUAUGCAGCAUCUUGUGAAUGUAAGGAUGUUAUUGUUAGAUUAUACUAUAGGUGUUCCAGUUUGAAGGUAUAUGAACUUAUUUUUCUACUUUGUUUUGUUGUAAGGUACUGUUUCCUUUAAAGAAUAUGAACCACAAAUGUUAUUAAAGCUUCUA